ACUCUCUUGGAAGUUUAGGAUAUUUCACAGUUCUGAAUGUUAGCCACUGAAAAUGCCAGUAGAUGAUGAAGCCUCUGAAGAUGACACGGAUUCACUUUCCUCAAACAGCCCAAGAACCUUUAUUUUCCAAUAAGAGAAUAUAACAAUUUCUGUACACUAUGGAAGAGUUUGACUUGGUGAAAACCUUACACAAAACUUCAUCUUCUGUAGGAUCUGAUGAAAAUUCUCUUCAUUCUCUUGGACUGAACUUAAAUACUGAUAGAAGUAGUCCCCACCUUAGUACAAAUGGGGUAUCCUCUUUCUCAGGGAAGACCAGACCAUCUGUAAUUCAAGGUACAGUUGAAGUCCUAACUUCUUUAAUGCAAGAGCUACAAAACAGUGGAAAGACUGAUUCGGAACUUUGGAAAAACUGUGAGACCAGGUGGUUACAGCUAUUCAAUUUGGUGGAAAAACAAUGCCAAGAACAGAUAGUUGCCCAGCAGGAGCAGUUUCACAACCAAAUUCAACAUAUACAGGAGGAGAUAAAAAAUUUAGUCAAAUUACAGACUAGUAGUGCUUCCUUGGCUUCCUGUGAAGGAAAUUCUUCAAACAAACAAGUAUCUUCGGAAAGUCAAAUGGGUUUUUUUUCUCUAAGCAGUGAGAGAAAUGAAUCUGUUAUCCAUUAUCCUGAAUCCACAGAACUUGAAAUACAGCAAGAAAUGUCCACGUCACAACCAGACUGCAAUGUGGAUAGUUGCUCAGUAAGCAGUGGAUAUGGCACCUUUUGUAUCUCAGAAUUAAAUCUGUACAAAUCUAAAGACCCUAAGGAGUUCAUGGAGCACGUAGAUGUUCCCAAAGGACAGUAUGUAGCACCUGUGGUGCCGGCUGAGUCACUUGUAGAUGGUGUGAAAAAUGAGAAUUUUUAUAUACAGACUCCUGAAGAGUGUCAUGUGUCUUUAAAGGAAGAUGUAUCCAUUUCUCCUGGUGAAUUUGAACAUAAUUUUCUUGGUGAAAAUAAGGUUUCUGAAGUAUACAGUGGGAAAACAAAUAGUAAUGCUAUAACAUCAUGGGCACAAAAACUGAAGCAGAACCAACCAAAGAGAGCACAUGUAGAAGAUGGAGGUUCAAGAUCUAAACAAGGAAAUGAGCAAAGUAAGAAGACACCAAUUGAGAAACUCCACAGAGAACCGAAAUAAACUUUUGUAAAUUACACAGGCAAAAAAAAAAAUCUGCAACAGUGAAUUCCUAUCAGUUAGCAUUCUUGUAACCAUGGGGAAAUCAGGCUUUCUUCUUUUUUUUUUUUUUUUUUUUGUUUGAGACAGAGUCUUGCUCUGUUGCCCAGGCUAGAGUGCAGUGGCACGAUCUCGGCUUACUGCAACCUCUGCCUCCCAGGUUCAAGUGAUUCUCCUGCGUCAGCCUGCCGAGUAGCUGGGAUUAUAGGCACCCGCCACUGCGCCCGGCUAAUUUUUGUAUUUUUAGUAGAGACGGGGUUUCAUCAUCUUGACCAGGCUGUUUUCGAACUUUUGAGCUCGUGAUCCACCCGCCUCGGCCUCCCAAAGUGCUGGGAUCAUAGGCAUGAGCUACCGCGCCUGGCCAGGCUUUCUUCUUUGAACCCUCUGAAGGUUUCUCCCCACCUGGUUUGAGGCCUGGCUCUCAUUUCUUGGGUCAGCAGAUUGUGCCUAAUGACUUUUAGCUGUCAAUCAAUAGUUUUCUUUCUUGUAGUCUGAUUUUGCUGCUGCUACACAUCCUCGUGCUUUUUACCUCAGUAAACCAGAUGAAACUCCAAAUGCUUGGAUGUCUGAUUCAGGAACAGGAUUGACUUACUGGAAACUAGAGGAAAAGGAUAUGCACCACUCUUUGCCUGAAACUUUAGAGAAGACGUUCAUAUCAUUGUCUUCCACAGAUGUGUCACCAAACCAGGUCCUGACUCUAGAUCCUACGUUACACAUGAAGCCAAAGCAGCAGAUUUCAGGGAUUCAACCUCACGGCCUUCCGAAUGCCCUUGAUGACAGAAUAUCCUUUUCCCCGGACUCUGUUCUAGAGCCUAGUAUGUCUAGUCCCUCUGACAUAGACUCAUUUUCACAAGCAAGUAAUGUCACUUCUCAGUUACCUGGAUUUCCAAAAUAUCCCUCACACACAAAAGCUUCUCCGGUGGACUCUUGGAAAAAUCAGACAUUCCAAAACGAAAGUAGGACCAGUUCCACGUUUCCGUCAGUAUAUACCAUUACUAGUAAUGAUAUCUCGGUCAACACUGUAGAUGAAGAAAACACUGUCAUGGUUGCUUCGGCCUCAGUCAGUCAGUCCCAGCUUCCAGGUACAGCCAACAGUGUCCCAGAAUGCAUUUCAUUGACUUCCUUGGAAGAUCCUGUGAUAUUGUCUAAGAUUAGGCAGAAUCUGAAGGAAAAGCAUGCUCGACACGUAGCAGAUCUUCGAGCUUAUUAUGAAUCAGAAAUAAAUAGUUUGAAACAGAAGCUGGAGGCAAAAGAAAUCUCUGGAGUUGAAGAUUGGAAGAUAACCAAUCAAAUUCUUGUAGACAGAUGUGGCCAAUUAGAUAGUGCUUUGCAUGAAGCUACUAGUCGCGUGAGAACACUUGAAAAUAAGAAUAACUUACUGGAAAUUGAAGUGAAUGAUUUGAGAGAACGCUUCAGUGCAGCCAGCAGUGCUUCCAAAAUUUUGCAGGAACGAAUUGAAGAAAUGAGAACAAGCAGUAAAGAAAAAGACAAUACCAUCAUUCGACUAAAAUCUAGACUGCAAGAUUUAGAAGAAGCAUUUGAGAAUGCUUACAAACUCUCAGAUGAUAAAGAAGCUCAACUAAAACAAGAGAACAAAAUGUUUCAAGAUCUUUUAGGAGAGUAUGAGUCCCUUGGAAAAGAACACAGGAGAGUAAAGGAUGCAUUAAAUACAACUGAGAACAAAUUGCUUGAUGCAUAUACUCAGAUUUCUGAUUUGAAAAGAAUGAUUUCAAAACUUGAAGCUCAGGUCAAGCAAGUAGAACAUGAAAAUAUGUUAAGCCUUCGUCAUAAUUCUAGAAUUCACGUGAGACCCUCGCGUGCCAACACACUAGCAACUUCAGACGUCAGCAGGCGGAAAUGGCUGAUUCCAGGUGCAGAGUAUUCCAUCUUUACUGGCCAGCCUCUGGACACCCAGGACAGUAACAUGGAUAACCAGCUGGAGGAAACCUGUAGCCUAGGGCACCGUUCACCUCUGGAAAAGGAUUCUUUACCUGGAAGUUCAUCAACAAGCUUGUUGAUAAAAAAGCAAAGAGAGACUUCAGACACGCCGAUCAUGAGAGCUUUAAAAGAACUUGAUGAGGGAAAAAUAUUUAAAAAUUGGGGGACACAGACAGAGAAAGAGGACACCUCAAAUAUAAAUCCUCGGCAAACUGAAACUUCAGUUAAUGCAAGUCGUUCUCCAGAAAAGUGUGCCCAACAGAGACAAAAGAGACUUAAUUCGGCCUCACAGAGAUCAUCAUCUUUACCACCUUCAAAUCGUAAAUCAAGUACUCCAACAAAAAGAGAGAUUAUGCUAACACCAGUGACUGUGGCUUAUAGUCCAAAGCGAUCCCCUAAAGAAAACUUGUCCCCAGGAUUUAGUCAUCUGCUUAGCAAAAAUGAGAGCAGUCCAAUUCGAUUUGAUAUACUUUUGGAUGAUUUAGAUACUGUUCCUGUGUCUACAUUACAACGUACCAAUCCAAGAAAGCAACUCCAGUUUCUUCCUCUAGAUGACUCGGAAGAAAAAACUUAUUCUGAGAAAGCCACCGAUAACCAUGUUAAUCAUAGCUCUUGCCCUGAACCGGUGCCAAAUGGAGUGAAGAAAGUAUCUGUGAGAACAGCCUGGGAGAAGAAUAAAUCAGUUAGCUAUGAACAGUGUAAGCCGGUUUCAGUCACUCCACAGGGGAAUGAUUUUGAAUAUACAGCAAAAAUUCGGACCCUAGCUGAAACAGAACGAUUUUUUGAUGAACUUACAAAAGAAAAGGACCAGAUUGAGGCAGCACUAAGCAGGAUGCCUUCUCCUGGAGGACGAAUCACUUUACAGACAAGAUUAAAUCAGGAAGCCUUGGAAGAUCGUUUGGAAAGGAUUAAUCGAGAGCUGGGUUCAGUUCGCAUGACGCUAAAGAAAUUCCAUGUUUUGCGCACCUCUGCAAAUCUUUGAGAUUUGUAGCCAUUAAAUUUUGAGACAUUUUUGUUUGCACUAAUGUAUAAUUAUGCAGUCAGAAAAGGCAAACUAUUUUGUACUGUUUAUAAGCCUUCAAACAGUAGUUUUACAAUCAUGCUAUUCUUACACUUGCUAUUUUAUACUUCAAAUGGCCACAUAUUUUCAAGAUAUUUUUGUUAUGCUCAGGAAUCUCUUGUAUAUUUUACUAUUUAAAAAGCAUUAUUUUUAAAUAGUAUAUGUCUCCAAUUUAUAUCAAGAAUAAGGAAAUAUAAACAGAGGAAGCAGCUUGUUUCUAAACAAAUAGUGUUAUCCUUUUACAAUUAACUGCACACCAAUUUUAUAAACUUGUUCUACAUUGUAAAUACAAUUCAUUUUUAAAAAAAUAAAGCUUAAUAGCUUCCAUAA